AUGUCGAACUCCUCUCUAUCAGCUGGAGCUGUUACCUCAGAAGACCUCAAGCAGUUAAAGAAAGAAAUCUUCGAUGGAUAUGAUGUUCAAAUCCGCCCUGUGUACAACCAAACAGAGGCAGUAAACGUAGAUAUGAGGUUUAGCCUUCAAUACAUCGCCUACCUGCGUUGGUACGAUAGAAUCCUAUCAUGGAACGCCAGUAAGUAUGGAGGCCUGGACUUCAUCACUGUGCCACAGACGAAAAUAUGGCGUCCCGACUACGUCGUCGACAAUGUGUAUGUACAAAACUAA